CUGUUGUUAUGUCGUUUGUGUACGUAGCUCACGAUCAGAUUCUACCCGAGUGCGACCGCAUAAGAAUUGGUUCCUCGUCGGACCGGUCCGACUAUCGAACCAUGUGGGUGACCACACGUUCGUGCCAAGUGCAUACCCGAUGAAGAUGAGCAUAAAACAUGUCCAGGUGGCACGAAAACUACCUCGGCCUCGGCGAUGAACGGUGCAUAGCGGCAACCCAACGAGACCAUCCUCACGAGGAUUCUUACAAAAGAUUCAUGACUGUUGGACCGACGCGAUACGGGAUGAGAGUUGGUGCCGUAUCUCCACCCCCACCUGGAAUAGGGCCACGGUAUCGUUCCCAUCAUCAAAGCUGUUGGCCAACAACUCCUUGCGGCGACAGUGGCUGUGACAAUGUUCCCGUCUCCCAGAUCCCUCUACUCGCGCCGCCUAUUAAUAGCUUAGAUAUAAUUAGUUGCGCAAAUAGAAUGAGGAUAAACGAGGAUGCUACUACGUCAAAUAAAGUGCUGGCUCAGCAGGCGUCAGCGACAGUGCGCGACCAUGUACUUUAUACGAGUAAGUGCUUGUUAAAGACCCAAUUGAAACGGUGUGCCCUAGUGCGACCGCAAGUUUACACUAGAUUAGCAGCUUACGGAGAUAUCAACGACAUCAAGGACGAUAACACGCUGGACCGACUUCCCAGAUUCCGCUUCGGCGGAAACCGUACUUCCGCCGCCGAAAAGAGGAACAACGAACACAGGUACAAAGAACUUACUGACAGAUUAAAAAGAGGAUCCACUCCGGUGCCUCCUCCUCGUACAAGACAUUCUUCAAAAAUUACUCCUCCGUUAUCACCCGCGCAACCCAUCGAUUCCAGGGAAUCUUUAGAACGUCAUAUUCCUUUAAGAAGCGCUUCAUUUUCACAAGUCGACUACUGCCCAGACGAUAAUAAAUACAUCAGAAGAAGACCGUCCACUCAUCAAGAACAAGAAAGCGAAAUUUCAACAGUAAAAGAAGUAUCCACACUGCCAAGACCAAAGAAUGCAUCGAGACCCACAACUCCAACGAAACAAGAACUACCAGUAUUCAACAUAGACUGCACUUCAGAAGACAUAAAAACCUUAAAUAUACUAACAGAAUCUCCACGAGUUCCCGAAGUGGAAGUCACUCCUGGCUCUCCAGAAAAACCAACUACAAGAUCCCAAGAAAAUUCAACCAACCAGGAUAAAAGACGGGAUAAAUCAAGACGACGAAAAGGUAUAUAUUUAUCACAAUGGCCUAAUACAUAUCAAUCUACAGAAGACGUUAUUCCUCAAUUCGUUCAAGACGGUGACUUCCCCUGUGCCGACUCAACCUCAAAAUUUAUCCAAGAAUCUUUAGUAGAAAUAAGCAAAUUAAGUAAUUCUGACGAUAAAAAUAGAGAGUUUUCAAUAUGGAGUAGUCCCCAAGAGGAACCAUUGAGUCCAGAAGACAAUAACACUCCUCCAGAGUGGCCCAGUGUAUCGAGAUCAAGGCUGUUAUCACAAUCACCAGACGAAAAAGAGUGUUUAAAAGUGACACCACGAAGUAUAAAUCUAUUUCGGUCUGAUUCCCUUUCAGAAGGAGAACCGGAUUUAAGUAAAUCAGAUCAAAUUUCUUUAGUGCCUUCAGAUCUAUCAGACAACGAGAGUAGGUUAAGUUUAAAUACGGAUUCUACCAGCCCUAGUGUGCCUAGGAGAUAUUCCAAACGUCCGUUGAGAGGUCCAUACGGUCAAAUGCUAGAAGCCGAAAUGAAGAAACCGGAAUGUAGGAAGAAUCUAAAUAGUGAUUUGAAAUUUUUAGAAGAUUUAUCAACGGUGCCAUGUACUUCUUUAAAUAAUUUAUCUAAAUCUAAACAUAAUAGGACAAGGGGUUCGGGAAAUUGUUCAUUAGAUGAAACCAAUAUUAAAGAUAAAGUUUCUAAUUCAAUAUCGCCCAAACAAGUGAAUAAACGGAAAGUUAGUGCCGACAAUUUGAUAGUUCCGAAUGAGAUCGAUACAAAAUAUGUUGUUAAUCAUCAAAGAACUACUUCCAGUCCAUCAAAGUUAGAAGGAUUCGCUAACACGGAAGUGAGCAGUGAGUUGUUGGAACAGUUGUUGAGAGGAAGUUCGGAACAAUUGUCAACGUCAGAAGCUAAUCAACAGUUACAGAAGGACACCAGAACACACGUGGUGGUGGAGCUGUACGAAAACGAGAAGUGCUAUGUAGAGUCACUCAGAAUUCUUGUAACGAAAUAUUUGGAACCCCUCAAAGCUACUGAAAAUGCACAUUUGCUGGACGUCCAUCUUGUGGACGAAAUAUUUUACCAGAUUCCAUAUUUGUAUAAUCAUCAUCAAAUAUUCUUAACCGAACUGAAGGAAAGACUGGAACAAUGGGAUAUUAAGCAAAAGAUCGGAGAUGUUUUUUUAGAAAUGUUUUCUAAAACUGCUGUUAUAGACAGUUAUACAAACUACGUUAAUAACUGGAAACGUGCAAGAGAAACUUUGAAGAACGCUCAACAAUCAAAACCAGCAUUUGGUAGAUUUUUGGAGGUUACUGCACGACAACACACUGGCAAACUAGCUCUUGAUUCACUCCUGAUAAAGCCCAUACAAAAAUUUCCAAAGUACGAAUUGUUAUUGCAAAGGCUCAUCAAACACACAGACGAAAGUCAUCCAGAUCACAGCUUACUAUUAGCAGCGCAGCGUCAAGUACACGAGCAAUUGCUGAAAAUAAAUUGUACAGAAAAAGAAGCCUUAGAACUAGAGCAACUGCGUGAAAUAGAAGGACUGAUAGAUGGCUUGAUUGAUUUAGCAGCGCCUGAGAGGCAGUACCUCAGACACGACUCAGUAACUAUGUCUCAUGGCGGUGGUCCUAGGAAGGAUAGAGCUUUGUUUCUGUUUUCUGAUCUCUUGUUAAUCACGGGAAUUAAGAGGAGGAGCGGUACCAUACGUAGGCCUACAACAUCCGGCCAAGGAAGUGUGACGAGCACUUUAGAAGCAAAUAAGUACAAAUUAAUAAUGAAAGUACCUAUUGAAGAUAUAGAAAUAAAUAGGUCUAAAGACGAUAAUUUAAGGCAGAUCAUGAUAGAGCUUGAUAAUUUAAGUGAAGACAUAUCGAUUUUAAAUCAAAUUAACGAACUUGCCUGGUCUCUACAUUAUAAUCAUCAUAGUCUAGAUGAGUGUGUAAAGGAGAUGUUAUCUUCUUUAAAUAAGCAGUUGACUGAACAACAAAAUUCUGAUUCGCAACUAUCUUGUUUAGAUCUGACAAUAAACACUCCAAAUGGCCCAGAGAAUGUAUCAAUAAUAUUUUCUAAAUCAGAAAAAAGGACAUCUUGGGAAGAAUCACUCCAUGAAGCCAAACAAAAAUUAGCAACAUCGAGUGACAGAAUACCAUUACCAGAACUUCUAGCAACAGUACCAAUUCGAAAGACAAGAGCAGGCCUCCAGUUCACGUGCGCUGCCCCGACUUUAUCUGAAAACAGCAGAGACGUAUGGGUGUGUAAUAGUGAUGGUUACGUCGGACAAGUAUGUGUACUAAGCUUGUCACAAGAACCAAAUGUUACGUCCUGUAAUGGGGUGUGCAACGCAAGAAUUUUAUGUAUAGCAUCAGUACCUGGAAUUAAUAAUGGAGCUUCGCCAUGUAGAAAUAAUCAAGUUAAAGAAGAACCUGAAGAGCAUAAACCAAUGCAUUUUGAUAGUAGUUCAUCUAGCGAUGAAGACGACAACUGUGAUAAUGAAAUUAACGAAGAACCCCAAAAACAAUUAGAUUCAGAAACUUGUAGCAUAGAUAAUGACGAAACUGAUAAUCAACAAUCAACGAUGUGGUUAGGUACUGAAGAUGGUGCUAUACACAUUUACAAUUGUAGUGACAACAUUAGGAUUAAGAAAAACAAAGUGAAAUUGCAACUUGGGGCGUCUAUUUUAAGUAUAAUAUAUUUGGAUAACAGGGUAUACGUAUCAUUAUCUAGUGGUGACAUCACUAUAUACGACAGAGACGUAUCUGGAGCAUGGAAUACAAACAGUUCAACGACUUGCUCCGUAGGCUGUAUAAAUUCCCCAGUUUCCAAAAUGGUUCCCAACAAUGAAAAAAUAUGGUGUGGUAGUGGCAAUAGCAUAAAAAUUUUCGACGCCCAAACACUAACAAUAGAAAAUAGUUUUACGGUCAACAAUGACAAUAACAAGUCAAUUACAUCUUUAGUUAUAGUUGGAAACGGCCUAUGGUUAUCUUUACAAAAUUCUGCUAUACUCAAAUGCUACCAUGUUGUAAGCUUUGAGUUACUCUAUGAAAUAAAUGUUGCACCGGCUGUGACAAAGAUGUUAACGAGUUGCGAUGACAUAAUCCGUCAGCAUAAAGCUGCAUGUCUUCGAGUAACUGCUCUGGUCACGGCAAAGGACCUCCUUUGGAUAGGUACAUCGGCAGGUGUAGUAUUAACCAUGCCUUUGCCCCACAUAUCCACAACGACCACGAAGCUAACGUCAGUUCCUAACGUAAAUGGUGUACCACACGGUCAUACUGGCCAUGUAAGAUUUUUGACAUCGGUAGAGAUGCAGUCAACGACUAGCGAUGUACCUCACAGAAAUUCUUACAAGGCCAAGCAGGACCCGAGGACCAGUACCAAAUUGUUGGUAAUUUCAGGAGGAGAUGGUUAUGAAGAUUUCCGGACUUCUAAUAUUUCAGAAGUUGCUGGCCGAGAAGAUUCAACGAACCAUUUGUUGUUGUGGAACAUUUAGUAACAGUAUACCUGAUAGGUUCAGUAUGAAUCGUACUUAAAAAAUAAAAUCUCUUUAUUUUCCAUAUCUAAAUUUAGAUGCGCAGGGCGUUUCUAUUAAUUCAAAUAGUUCAUCAAAAACAAUUAAAUUAAGUUCAUCAGGAUAAUAAGAAGGUACCUCGACCCCAUUGAUAACAUUUAAGGAAGUAAUGUUGAGAUUGGAUUAAAGUGUAGCCUUGACUAUUUAUUUCUAAAGGAUUAACAUUUUAAUCUAACCUUCAACGAUUAUGGCUGUGAUUCAAUUAAAAUUUUAUGCUCUGAGUAAUAGAUUUUAUUCAAAGCCGGUCGCGAUUUUUCAAAAUGUCACGCCCACACUUCUACGUCACUAUUAGCCAUACGUGGCUUAUUA